AUGGCGGCCAUGGCGGCGCUGCCCCCGGGGCCGCUGUCGCCGCCUGGCGGGAGCGCGGCGGACGCGGCGGGGCCUGAGGGCGCCGAGGGCCUGUUCGUGCUGCUGGGCGCGGGGCUCGCCGCCGCCAGCCACCCCCUGCUCUACGUCAAGCUGCUUGUGCAGGUUGGCCACGAGCCACUACCUCCAACCAUUGGCAGAAAUGUGCUGGGGAGGAAGGUCCUGUACCUGCCUGGCUUCUUCACCUACGCCAGACACAUCGUGGAAGUGGAUGGGAAGAGAGGCCUCUUCCGUGGCCUCACCCCUCGCCUCAUCUCAAGCACUUUAUCAACCAUCACCAGGGGGAGUGUGAAGAAGGCUUUUCCACUGGAAGACAUGGAGCACGUGUCUAACAAGGAUGAUGUGAAAACUUCACUUAGGAAAGUGGUCAGAGAGACAUCCCACGAGAUGAUGAUGCAGUGUGUGUCCCGGGUUGUGUCACACCCCCUGCACGUGAUCUCCAUGCGCUGCAUGGUCCAGUUCGUGGGCCGGGAAGUCAAAUACAGCGGUGUGUUCAGUGCCAUUGGCAGGAUAUUUAAGGAAGAAGGGAUCCUGGGAUUCUUUGUUGGGUUAGUCCCUCACGUCCUGGGGGAUGUCAUCUUCCUCUGGUGCUGCAACCUCCUGGCUCACUUCAUCAACACCUACGCUGUGGACGACAACUUCAGCCAGGCCUCGGUGAUCCGGAGCUACACCAAGUUCGUGAUGGGGAUCGCUGUGAGCAUGCUGACCUACCCGUUCCUCCUCGUGGGAGAUCUCAUGGCAGUGAACAACUGCGGGUUGCGCGCCGGCCUCCCUCCCUACGCUCCUGCCUUUGCAUCCUGGAUCCACUGCUGGAGGUACCUCAGUGCUCAGGGGCAGCUGUUCCGUGGCUCCAGCCUCCUGUUCCGCAGGGCGCCCAUCCCAGCCUCCUUCCCCAUGGACUGACACCUCGGCAGGGACAGCUCAUCAGCCUGGACUCCUCAAGAAACCCCCAGCUUGUCUCGAUAUCUGUACAUUUCUAUUUUCUGAUCCAAAGUCCAUGGUGCCAGAACUGACACCUCCUCCAGCAGGACCAGGAACAGACUUCUGGACAUCUGGCUCAGGCUCCAGCUGCACCAAAGCUCCAUCCUCGUGGCUGUCUCAACUGGGGUGUAUAGCAGAGAGAGCAGAAAGCUGUUGUCUCUUUAGUCCAGGCUGUAGCCCUGGAGUUGCUGGGGAAGUUCAGGAAUCCAGAAAAUGCCCAGGUACUAAAGGAGCCAGCCAUGAGCUACAGGGACAAAAGACUGCUUUGUUCUGCCUGAGCUGAUAAGCAGCAGGAGAUCCAAGGUCACCUCCCUGGGAAGGUUAUGCCAGGUGACAGCUCCUGCCUCAUCCUUUCUGGAGAGAGCACCUUGGCCUGGCAGGUAGCUCAUCCUGGGCAAGAUCAACCUGGCAUCCAUAUUCAAGGUUUGAGGGUACCUGAUCACCCAGGAACAUCCCACCUCCCACGGGCAUGAAAAUGAAAUUAUAGGAUCAAAACAGGGAAGGGAAACAGAUCCCACUGCAAGGAACAGCAGAGUCCCAAAGAGACAGGUCCAGCCCAGCUCAGGGCAGUGAUGGGAUGUGGACACUGAAGAGAGCCCUUGGGAAGGGACAUGUGCUGCCAGUGGUGCUGCUUUGGGCAGGAUUUCAGUCAUGGAAUGGGCUGUGUUGGGUACAGCCAGCAGGGCUGUGGGCUGGGAGGGCAGCCUGCACACAGGAUACACUCAUGGAAUGGAAUGGGCUGUGUUUGGGGACACCCAGCAGGGCUGUGGGCUGGGCAGGCAGCCUGCACACAGUGGGUGCUGGGUUGGACUGGCUUGGCUGCACUGAGGGGCAUCUCCCAGCUCCUGCUCCUGUUGCUGAUGGAAAUGGAGCUGCUGGGAUCUGAGAGCUGCUCACAAAGGGCUCUCCUGCAGCAGGGGCAGCCAUCCAGGGCUGUCUGCAAUGAAGGCAUGCACCUUGAGCUGGCCAAAGGCUGCUGAGGCAUCAGAGUUGAAGGCUCCUGGUGUCAGUGGAGCAUGGCUCUGUGUGUAGCAGAGCUCACCAGGGCAGGAUUGAUGCUCAGCUCCCCAGACAAGACUUUCUUUGCACCAGUCUGUGCUGUGAUGGCAGCCAGGCAGAUUUCCCCCAUUUCACUUCCCCACAAAGCAGUCUUUUGCACAAAGGUGAUGCUGCCCUCCUGGGAAGAGGUUUAGCAAUGCUUGAGCAGGUUCCCAUGAGGGGUCACAUCUCAUCCUGGUCCUCUGGGGACCUGCCAUCACAGGGGGCUUUUCUCCAGCAGGCAGGGUCGAUGCACACCCCUGGCAGGCUUGCAGGACAGUGCUGGUGUGUGUGCAGAGUUGCAGGACAGUGCUGGUGUGUGUGCAGGCUUGCAGGACAGUGCUGGUGUGUGCAGGGUUGCAGGACAGUGCUGGUGUGUGCAGGACAGUGCUGGUGUGUGUGCAGGGUUGCAGGACAGUGCUGGUGUGUGUGCAGGGUUGCAGGACAGUGCUGGUGUGUGCAGCCUUGCAGGACAGUGCUGGUGUGUGUGCAGAGUUGCAGGACAGUGCUGGUGUGUGUGCAGCCUUGCAGGACAGUGCUGA